AUGGAAAGCUCAAGCCACAGCCAGCAGAACCAGUGGAGCUGUUCAAGCUCAGAAUCCGAGUUUUACAGCGUUUCCUCUCCAGACACCGUCUCGCCAGAUCCGUCCAUGGACCGGGGCUUCUCCCCAUCUCACCAGGCCCAGCCUGCAUGCUCAAAAUCAUUCAAACCUGCAGGUGUUGGCAAGAGAAAACGCAGACUACGGCUGAAGAACCCGAGUGAGCAACGACAGAACGCCAGUGAGAAGGAGAAGCUGAGGAUGAGGGAUCUGACCAAGGCUCUUCACCAUCUCAGGACCUACCUGCCUCCGUCCGUAGCUCCCGUAGGCCAAACUCUGACCAAGAUUGAGACGCUAAGGCUCACCAUACGCUACAUCUCGUUUCUGUCUGCUCAGCUGGGUCUCAGUGAAGAGGAGCUGAACCACAGGAAGAACAUGAACUCCAACGGCUGCUCAUAUUCUCCAGAGAUCGUUGGUUAUUUUCAGUGCAGGUCUAUGGCUGGAGAUUGGGUUGAGCAAGGACAGGGUUACGCUCACUGUGAGGGUUGCUCUGGUCAUACAGGGCAGUGUGAUGAGAUCAGAAUGGAUCAGUAUGGUGGUUCCUCACAGCAGCAUUCAACAGAGCAAAACUUCUCUGCAAAUAUAGAUGCCUUCCUCCAGUCACAACAGUGUGCUCAAACAACACAGACAUACCAGGUCUAUGGCAGAAACUUUGGCUAUCAUCUUGUUCCUCAGGCCUACUGGAGCUGACAGCAGAAUUGUCUCCAUUACACCCAAAGCAAGACUGAGG